CCAGCCUCGGAGGAGAGAGGAGGUUCCAGAGGCUCUGUUCCGUCUGAUCACCCUCCAGAGGAGAUCACGAUCAGUGGGAGUUUAGCGCAGCCAAGCGACAGGCAGAAGGCACGUCUCCAGCAACAGGAGAUGGGCUGGGCGAGGCAGGCGGGCGGGCGGGGAUAACUUUGCCUCUUCUAACAGAACCCUUUGCUACCCAGUAGCACCAGCAUUUCACCAAGGAAAGAGUGUGGCAGCAGGCAGAAAGAAAGGAGAAAAGCAAGAAAAGGGAAGUCAUGUAAAAGAAAAUGAAGCGAGCACGAGGUGAAAGAACAGCAGCCAGUGCAGGAAGGUGGAUGUGGCUUCCCUUUUCCUUCAGAAAGGGGGUGAAUUUACCUCAGUGCUGCCUCGGGAAUUAUCCAGGUCCAGAUGUUGCCAGAAAGGAACAAUAAAGAGGGAGACUCAGGGGUGGCUUUUCUUCCUCUUCCCACUUCCCCUGGAUCACCGGUUGUAAGUUGUUAGACGCCCAGCUGCCUAGACUCUGUUUUUGCCUUCGGUGCUGGUGUUCUAAGGUUCAUAUAUACAAUCCUGCUGUCGGCUUGCCCCAACAGCCCUGGAGGUUGAGGGGCGCCUUGGGCUGAGUUCUCCAAAGAACUGUGGAUGGGGCAGAUCCAGUUAAAGGAAUGCCUGGGCGGUGAAAUGUGCUUUGAGGGUGCUGUAGUAGCUGGGGGCUGAGAGAUGUGAGGGGCUGCAAGGAAAGAGAGGAGGAGGUGGAGAGAGGCUCCGGGAGUCACCCGAUUUAAGGCGAAAGCGGCCCAAAGUGACUGCCUGGAAGAUCCGCGACAACUUUUAUGGCUGGGAAAGUGGUCGGGGCGGAUCUGGCUGCUCCUCCUCGUUGAGGAAGGGGCAGGGCCCUCGGGGUUAGAUUGUAAGUGGACUAGGCUUGGAUUCUCUGGAAUUCUCUUCGUCUGGAGACAGCGGAGGGGGGGGGGGGGGGCGUCGCUUUCCCUGGGGCCCCCCGGAUUUCCCGCUUCGGGUCUCAGUAAUGAGGAGACUGAGUUUGUGGUGGGUUCUAAGCAGGAUCUGUCUGCUGCUGCUGCCACCCUGUGCGCUGGUACUGGCCAGGGUCCCCGGCUCCUCAUCCCACCCGCAACCCUGCCAGAUCCUCAAGCGCAUCGGGCACACAGUGCGGAUCGGGGCGGUCCACCUGCAACCCUGGACUACAGCCACCCGUGCUACCAUCAGCAGCGGACAAAGCUGGAGUGGGGCAAGGGAGCAACGUAAUGACAUCUACCCCGGGGGCGCCGUGGCGCCCGCCACAGCAGGGAAACCUGCAGGGGCUGUGGACAGCCAGGCCAGGGCGGAGGCGGAGGCAGUGGCUGCAGUGGCAUCGGUGGAGGCAAGCGAUAGAAGUUGGCGGUCCAGGACCCCCGUUUCCGUUGGUGGGGCAGAGGCGCCAAGCAGCUGGAUUGGGAGCGCCCUGCACAGCAGGGGGGCUGGGCUGCCCGGAGGUGCGAGCGAGUCAACACUCUUUCCGAGGGAUGCUCUGCUCUUCGCAGUGGAGAACCUGAACCGCAUGUCGGGACUUUUGCCUUAUAACUUGUCCCUGGAAGUGGUGAUGGCAAUCGAGGCCGGACUGGGAGACCUUCCUCUCCUGCCCUUUUCCUCUCCGAGCUCAGCCUGGAGCAGUGACCCCGUCUCCUUCCUGCAGAGUGUGUGCCACACUGUGGUAGUACAAGGGGUGUCAGCAUUGCUCGCCUUCCCCCAAAGCCAGGGGGAGAUGCUGGAGCUCGAGUUUAUCAGUUCUGUCUUGCACAUCCCAGUAAUCAGUAUAGUGCGCUACGAAUUUCCUCGGAAGAGUCAGAAUCCCCUUCACCUACAGCUGAGUUUAGAAAAUUCAUUAAGUUCUGAUGCUGAUGUCACUGUCUCAAUCCUGACCAUGAACAACUGGUACAAUUUCAGCUUGCUGCUAUGCCAGGAAGAUUGGAACAUCACAGACUUCCUCCUCCUCACCCAGCAGAGUGCCAAGUUCCACCUGGGAUCCAUUAUCAAUAUCACAGCCAACCUCUCCUCGAGGCAAGACCUACUGAGCUUCUUGCAAGUCCAGCUUGAGAACAUAAAGGACACCACUCCCACCAUGGUGAUGUUUGGCUGUGACAUGGAAAGCAUCCGGAAGAUUUUUGAAAUCACCACCCAGUUUGGAGGGUUGCCUCUGGAGCUCCACUGGGUUCUGGGGGAUUCCCAGAAUGUGGAGGAACUGAGGACAGAAGGUCUGCCUCUGGGUCUCAUUGCACAUGGAAAGACCACCCAAUCUAUCUUUGAACAUUACGUGCAGGAUGCAAUGGAACUGGUGGCAAGAGCCAUUGCCACAGCCACCAUGGUCCAGCCAGAACUUGCACUCAUUCCCAGUACCAUGAAUUGCAUGGAUGAGGGAGUCACCAAUCUCACUUCAGGGCAAUAUUUAUCAAGGUUUCUAGCCAACACUACUUUCAGGGGUCUCAGUGGUUCCAUCAAAGUGAAAGAAUCCACCAUCCUAAGCUCUGAAAACAACUUUUUCAUCUGGAAUCUACAGCAUGACCCAGUAGGGAAGCCAAUGUGGACCCGCCUAGGCAGUUGGCAGGGAGGGAAGAUAGUCAUGGACUACGGAAUAUGGCCAGAACAAGCCCAAAGGCACAGAACCAACUUUCAACACCCAGCCCGGCUACACCUAAGAGUGGUCACCCUGAUUGAGCACCCAUUUGUCUUUACACGCCAGGUGGAUGAUGAUGGUCUGUGCCCUGCUGGUCAGCUCUGCCUGGACCCACUGACAAACAACUCCUCCAUAUUGGAUGGCCUUUUUGAAAGCCUCCAGGGUGAUAAUGAUACAGUGCCCAUUAAAUAUAAGAAGUGUUGCUAUGGCUACUGCAUUGAUCUUUUGGAAAAGCUGGCAGAAGACCUGAACUUUGACUUUGACCUCUACAUUGUUGGAGAUGGAAAAUAUGGAGCCUGGAAAAAUGGCCACUGGACCGGGCUAGUUGGUGACCUCUUAAGUGGGACAGCACACAUGGCAGUCACUUCCUUUAGCAUAAACACUGCUCGAAGUCAGGUGAUUGAUUUCACCAGCCCCUUCUUUUCCACCAGCUUGGGCAUCUUAGUGAGAACCCGAGACACAGCAGCUCCUAUUGGAGCCUUCAUGUGGCCACUCCACUGGACAAUGUGGCUGGGGAUAUUUGUGGCUCUCCACAUUACCGCCAUAUUCCUUACUCUAUAUGAAUGGAAAAGUCCUUUUGGAAUGACUCCCAAAGGGCGGAAUAGGAGUAAAGUCUUCUCCUUCUCUUCAGCCUUGAAUGUCUGCUAUGCUAUCCUGUUUGGCAGAACUGUGGCCAUCAAACCUCCCAAAUGCUGGACUGGAAGGUUUUUAAUGAAUCUCUGGGCUAUUUUCUGUUUGUUUUGCCUUUCCACAUACACAGCAAAUCUGGCUGCUGUCAUGGUUGGAGAGAAAAUCUAUGAAGAGCUCUCUGGGAUACAUGACCCAAAGCUUCAUCAUCCCUCCCAAGGCUUUCGCUUCGGAACAGUUCGGGAGAGCAGUGCUGAAGAUUAUGUGAAGCAAAGCUUCCCAGAGAUGUAUGAAUAUAUGAGAAGGUACAAUGUACCAGCCACCCCAGAUGGAGUGGAGUAUUUGAAGAAUGAUCCAGAGAAGCUAGAUGCCUUCAUCAUGGACAAAGCCCUCCUUGACUACGAAGUGUCCAUUGACGCUGACUGCAAACUGCUCACAGUGGGGAAACCAUUUGCCAUUGAAGGCUAUGGCAUUGGCCUUCCUCCAAACUCUCCACUGACCUCAAAUAUAUCAGAACUUAUCAGCCAGUACAAGUCACAUGGAUUUAUGGACGUGCUGCAUGACAAGUGGUACAAGGUGGUUCCCUGUGGCAAGAGAAGUUUUGCUGUCACUGAGACUUUACAAAUGGGUAUUAAGCACUUUUCUGGACUCUUCGUGAUGCUGUGCAUUGGCAUUGGGUUAUCUAUCUUAACAACCAUUGGAGAGCACAUAGUGUACAGGCUGAUCCUACCACGAAUCAAAAAGAAAUCCAAACUGAAAUACUGGCUUCACACCAGUCAGAGGUUACAUAGAGCUCUAAAUACCUCGUUUGUGGAGGAGAAGCAGCAGCUCAAGACAAAGCAAGGGGAGAAAAGGUCCAAUGCAGCAAACAGUCAGCUCAGUGUAUGGAAUACUGCCAACCUGAGCCACUGUAAUCGUCGGAAAUACACACACAGUGAAGAAGGGCAAAGCCACCUGAACACACACCCCCAUCAGGGCAUCUCCCUCCCUAUAGUGAGGAGAGAGAUUCCCACUUCCCUCACCACCAAUGGGAAACCAGAUUCCCUAAAUACUGCUAGGACCUCAGUGACCCAGGAGCUCACCGAGCUGGAGAAGCAGAUCCAGGUGAUCAGGCAAGACCUACGGCUGGCCAUGAACAGGAAGACCCAACUGGAAGAAUAUCAGAGGGCAAACAGGACAGUCGAAUCUUAAGUGAUCAAAUCUCUAUCUGUUCUGUCAUGACCUUUGUCCUUCCCCCAAGCCACUCUCAUACCUUCUCUAAGCCCUCUGUAAAAUUUGUAAUGCACUUUUGUAACUGCUGGCAGUGGUGAAGGAGAUUGAAAUAAUUGCUUCUCCUUAGAAGGCAACCUCAAAGUGGCUCAUCCAUUUCCAUCCUCUAGGGUAUUCUUAUUCAGAGAAAGAAUCUGUUCUUUCCUCCAUGUGAACUUUGAAUCAGUCAAGGGCAAUUUGGACAAAAGGAACUAUGAGCAAACCAGACCUUAUUCAUCUCCUGUUUCCUUCUUCACCUGGUGCCACUACAUUUCUGGUUUUUAGCUCUUUCUGUGCAUUAAAAAAAAAAUGUCAAUCAGGCCUGUGUCUCUUACUGGAUUUGGUAUUUUUACUAAUACGAGCAUACCUCGACUAACAUGAUUAAUCAGGUGUGAUAAUGUUAUAGGAGAUAGCCAAUUCCACAGGCACAAUGUUUUCAGUGAUUAGUUGGCCUGACAGUGGUACAUUGAGGUUUCAUGAUGUGACAAUGUGGUUACUAAGUGUUAAUGUUAUAGCACAAGUAUUUUGGACAGGACAAUGUUAGGCGAGGUAUGAUUGUAUAGAAUAGUUACCCAAAACUAUACAUUUUGGUAAUAUUUCUUCAAUUUAAUUUAACUCAAAUUUGAAUUUGUGGACUUUUGGGGGGGAGUAGCGGGUGGGCAAUGAAAAAAAAAUGACAUGAAUCCUCAAAAAGCUAAUUGGGAUUCCACACAGCAACAAGGUUGAUUCUGUUAAGACUCCAUUAGAGCCAAUCUUGCUGAAAAAUUAAUGGCAUCUUAUUCUGUCAAAUUAAGCUUUCUUUACAAGUGUGUGCCUUUUGUAAGAGACAAAAAAAAAGAGAGAAAAAGACAAAGGGAUGAAGCAUUUCUGAAGAACAUCUAUGUUUACUAUUUGUAAUAGGAUGUGUGUGACUGUGAAUCCUGUGAAAAUGUUUGUGCAAACCAUGUGGUGGGUUAAUUCUCAAAGUAGCAACAACCUAUCCUCCCAAUGUAGGAAGCCCCAAAACUGAUCCUCAUGCAUGCGACUGAACCUGCUCCAUCCCAUGCUUGAACUUUCAGGCACCUAUCCUUCCUUUUUUGUGAAAAAAUUGUGUUAUCUGCCAAAUGCCCCAAACACCAAAGGCAUAUUGUAAUGAUCCUUGGUUUCUCCAGUUGGUAUCUCUAGCACAUUUAUCACCUCCAUGAUGUUGGAUCAGAGUAAUCUAGUUGUCUCUAUUUAGCUACCUCCAAACCCCAAAAUAGCUCUCUGGAGAAACAGGAUCAAGAGGGAGACAGGGAAGCCUAAGGAUCUCAGCUGCACAGAGCCCUAAGAGUCAUGAAAAGUAAUACUUACUGCCUUUGGGAUAAUAUGCUUACAAUGUCACCUUCCACAGCCACUAAGGCACCAAAAAAUGUCACUCAGGAAUAGAUUCUCCUUUAUGUCAAUUACAUUCUUUUAUUUUUUUCCCAAUACUCACCAUUUAUUACCAAUUUCUCCAUUCAUUCGACCUUUAUUAAGCAUCUAUUACGUGCAAGGAAUUGCACUACAUGUUGGUGGAUAGGUGAGUAUAAAAUCUUCAUAGUCCCUGCCUUCACUUUUGAGUGCCUCUUAAGUGUCUGGCACAGAAGUUGGCCACAACGAGUCAGCCACAACCAGUCAGCUUGACAAGUAGUUAAGUCACCUCCAUCAAGUGGCUGAAAGGGCUCCUAGCCCCCAACUGUCCCUCACUUUAUACUAUGGCAUUUGAAAUUUCUGUUAAGAGGAAGUUAAGAGGAGAACUGGGGGCUCCUAUUAUCCAAAAUACUAGCUGAAUAAUACCUUAAGCCUUGAUGGCAUUAAGUCACAAUAGGAAAAUGAAUCAACAAAAAACUAGAGAUACUCCAAGAAGAGGAAAUAGGAAAAGGGACUAAAAACCUUCAAAAAUUUCAGUUAACCCUGCUCUUAGACGAUUACUCAUAGGGCUCUAAAAUAAGAACUCCUAAGUUUGAAGGCACAUCUCUAAAACUAUCUCCCAGAAUUUUCUAAUGACAGCCCAGGACACUGUAGGGACCAGAUCAUUACCCUCUGUGCACCUCUUAUCCAGAAGGUUUAUGUACAGGUGUACCUCACUUCACACAAUUGCCAAGUUCUGGAAAAGUUGCCUGUAAAUGGAAAUUUUUGUAAAUCUAAUUAUAUUCUAACUGCAUUUGGGUGGCUAAUUACUUAGAGGAACCCAGCAGUCUUUUGUAAAGUGAAGACUCCUUUUGUAAUGCAAAUAAUUAUCCCCUAAUUUAUUUGUUUUCUAAGUUUGGGUUUUUUAAUAAAGGAUUUACUUAAAGCAGGGCACACAUCAAUAUAAAGACAUUUUUGAGGAAUGCUCUUUGGGGUUUCUCUACCUUGUCGCAAAAUAGGCAGUAAUUUUUGCUCCAUUUAGUCACUCAGUGUCUAUUCUAGACUAUGGAGUGAUAACUGGUUAUAUCACCAGUGAGCCUGGGGUAGAAAUGUAGUAGCCAUCUGAGGGUACCAGGUGUUGUGGGUUGUCAUCAGAUUUACUGUAAUUGAUGUUGCUUGAAAUGAUUUCAUUUUCUGGAAAAAAAAAUUUCUUGUGAUGAAAUGAAACUGUUUUCAUGUUAAAUUGUGAUGGUUAUUUUUAUUGCUGGUGGUUGAACAGUGUUUUGCAACUU